AGUUAGAAGGCCCAUCUCGAUUUGUCAACCCAUCUACUGGCACUGUCGUCACGCGCAAGGAGGCUUUGGAGAUACUCCUAAAGUUUGCGUGCUUGUAUAGCGAUCUGCAGUGCAUCGAGCAGGAGAACUGGGACGCUCAAGGCUGCUUGGAAAAGUCGUAUCUGCGUCAUUCAGAAGCGAUUCUGGUGCUGCUCAUUGAGGAGUGGGCGGAGCGCGAGAUCGAGGCGGUGGAAGGCGCUUUUGGAGUGGAGGCUGUGGGUGACCCGGACGAUGCUUGGGCACUCUUGGACUAUGACGUGAACGUUCAGCACAAUAACGUGCUGCCUGAGCCGGAUGUAGCCCUGGCCGGUCCACGUGGCCGCGGCGUGGCUAGCAGCUCGCGGGUGGCUUUUGCAGAGAACGACACGCUACACACAGCUGGUAGCUUGGCUCCCGCGGACACAGACGACGCAAUGCCUGAUGUCGAGAGCCAGCCAGCCCCGGCCGCUCAUGUCCGACAUCGUACAAAUUGCGAGCACGCUCCGCCUGAUCCCGUCUACCUUAAAGCCGCGCAAGCCAUGGAGUUGGACGAAUAG